UUUUUGGCCAGAAAAGCCGGCGAUUUUGGGCAUCUUCUGCGCCAUCUUUCUUUCUCUCACCCCGCGCAAUUUUUUAUUCAUGACAUCCAAACCUUCCGACUCUCUCAAGCAAGAGCUUACUGUUGCUCUGGAAGCUGCAGCACAGAGCUUGCUCGCUACCGCCGAACUGAUCAAGAAGGUUGGCUCACUGGAAGUCACUGCCGCUUCGGAAUUGGAAGACGGAAAGAAGAAGAGCAAGCCUAAGGAUCCCAAUGCCCCCAAGCGACCUCCCGGUAGCUACUUCCUUUUCUCCAAUGACCGUCGUUCUAAGUUGACCAGCGAGAAACCCAACUUGAAUCACAAGGAGAUAACGGCUCUUUUGUCCGAUGAAUGGAGUAAACUUGGUGAAAAGCAGAAAAAGGCAUGGACACAAAAGGCAGCUACUGCAAUGGAGAGUCAUAAGAAGGAACUGGCAGCCUACAAGGCAAAACAUGCUGAUGCAUCCGAUGAAUCGUCCCCAGUGGUUGAAGAGAAGAAAGAAGAACCCACCAAGGGAAAGAAGCGAACAAAGGCUGAGCCAAAGGUAGAAGUCGAAGAAAAGACUGAGGAAGAGCCAAAGAAGAAGCGAGGACGACAAUCAGCAAAGGAAUCCAAGCCAGCUGCCAAAGAAACUGCUGCCACCACCAAGAAAGCAUCCAAGGCCAAGAAAUCUUCUUAAAUACCGCCCGCCCGCCCUUUUGUAUAUUUAUUUGCGACCUUGACGGCCCUCCUAGCCAGGAGAGACAAAUGAAAGAACGAUCCAAAAAAUCCAACCCACCCACCCUGCCAUCCCACAGAAUCACCUCCCCAUCUUCUCUCCUGCCAUCAGAGUAACAAGAAAACGAAAAAUAAUGACUAUCUAUAUUUGUGACCAUCUUAUCGCUAUUAAAG